AAUUCCGGGCUGAAGUGAGCCGGAGGAGCGCGGAGGGAAAGUGUUGAUUCCAAGGACGUUGGUUGGCGAAGGAAACGCGAUGAGGACGGAAUAUUUUCUGCUUCUUUUCGCGGCGCUGCUGGCGGACACGGAAAACACCGUUCAAGCAUCUUCGUCUGAGGAUGGCCAGUCUGUCACUCCAGGGGUUCUGCCGGACAGUGGGGCCCGUCUGUAUACCGCCACCCCGGACACAGGCAGAAGGCUCCCAGUGGUUACCACUGCUCCGCCUUUCAACAUCCCAUACCACCAUCCUCCGUUCCAUGUGAAUCCGCCACAACACCAGGCGCUGCUCAGCCUUCAGGAUCAGCCACACUACUUCAAGGACAGUGAAGGUUCCAGCACCCAGUUCUCCAAAGCUCAGCCUUCCUCUGCCACCACACCAUCCAGUGUUCGAGUGGGUAACAGCGAUGAAAUGGGUACAGAUGAGGGAGUCGACAGUUCAAAUAAGCCUUUACUGGAACAGAAAGUGAAGGCGAGCAGUGAUGGAGACGUGGAAGAGGAGACAACAACCUCCACCAUCACCACCAUCACCACCACCGUGCAGAACCCAGGUCUGUGCCAGCUGAACCUGACCGGACCCGACGGGUACAUUGAGGUACCACCUCAGUCCAGCUCCACCUUCCAGUCCACUGUGGACUGUAGCUACACCAUCAUUGUCUACUUGGGCUACGGAGUGGAGAUCCAGGUGCUGAAUGUGAAUCUGUCUGAGGGAGACAAGGUGGUCUUUGAAGACGUAGGACACCAGGAGAAUGCCGUGCUGGCCAACGAGUCCAUCCUGAUGAGGGGGUUGGUAGUACGAAGCCACAGCAAUCAGAUCUUCAUCCACAUCCACAGCCAGACGUCCCACACUGGAUCAGUCCUGCUGCACUACCAAGCCUUUGUGUUGAGCUGCGUCUUCCCUCGGCGACCCGCCUACGGCGACGUAUCGGUCAGCAGUCUUCACUCUGGAGGCGAAGCCUUCUUCUUCUGUCUGAACGGCUACCGGCUGCAAGGCCCCAGCGUGCUCUCCUGCCGCAAUGCUAGCACCCCCUACUGGAGUGGCAAAGAACCGCAGUGUCUCGCCUCCUGCGGUGGUUUGAUCAGGAACGUCAGCGUGGGUCGGAUUGUCUCUCCUGGUUUUCCCAGUAACUACACCAAUAACCUGACCUGCCACUGGCUCCUGGAGGCUCCUGAGGGCCACAGGCUGCACGUUCACUUUGAGAAGGUGGCGCUGGUGGAGGACGACGACCGGUUACUGAUUAAGAACGGGAACAGCUUCGAUGCCCCCUCGCUGUAUGACUCCUACGAGGUGGAGUAUCUCCCCAACGAAGGCCUCCUCAGCACCAGCAGGAAUCUCUUCAUUGAGUUAACGACAGACGCUGCGGGCACGUCCACCGGCAUCGCCAUCAGGUACCAAGCUUUCGCGGCGGGACACUGCUACAAGCCUUUUGUGAAGUACGGGAACCUGACCAGCAGCGACACCACGUGGGCGCUGGGAGCCGUGGUGGAGUUCGCCUGUGACCCCGGCUACACGCUGGAGCAGGGAUCCGUCACCAUUGAAUGCACGGACGCCGACGACCCUCAAUGGAACGAAACCGAGCCGGCCUGCAGAGCUGUUUGCAGCGGCGAAAUCACAGACUCGGUGGGCGUGGUCCUCUCUCCUAAUUGGCCCGAGGCCUACGAUAAAGGCCAGGACUGCAUCUGGGGAAUCCACGUGGAAGAGGACAAGAGGAUCAUGUUGGACAUCAAAGUGUUAAACAUUGGGAAGAAUGACCUGGUGACCUUCUAUGAUGGUGAUGACCUUACAGCCAAGGUGUUGGGUCAGUACGGAGGAACAAAGUCCCACUUUAAGCUGUACACCUCCACUGCAGAUGUCACCAUCCAGUUCCAGUCCGACCCUGCUACCAAUAUCUACGGAUAUGGCAACGGCUUUGUCGUCCAUUUCUUUGAAGUUGCUCGAAAUGACACCUGCCCCGAGCUUCCGGAGAUCUCAAACGGCUGGAAGAGCACAUCUCACCCUGAGCUGGUUCAGGGCACUGUGGUGACCUACCAGUGUUACCCGGGUUAUCAGCUGGUGGGCGCAGAGCUGCUCAUGUGCCAGUGGGACCUCACCUGGAGCGGCGACCUUCCAGCCUGUGAGAGAGUGGUAUCUUGUAGUGAUCCCGGAAAGGUGGAACACAGCAGACGGAUCAUGUCCUCUAGUCACCUGAACGUGGGUUCGACCAUCCAGUACAUCUGCACCAAAGGCUUCACUCUCUCCGGAAACAGUCUGCUGACCUGCUUCAACCGUGGUUCCUCAGGUCCCAGGUGGAACCAAAAGCUGCCCCGAUGCCUGCCUGAGACCUUUGAACCCUGCAGCCACCCUGGAACCCCCACCUAUGGGAUUCCCAGCUCCAACAAGCUCCACUUCCAGGCUGGAGAGACUCUCCAGUACUCCUGUCAGGCUGGUCACCAACUGCUGGGGGAACCUGUUCUCCACUGUGUCCCUGGACACCCAUCUCAUUGGAGUGGGCUGCCACCUGUCUGUAAAGGCCAAACAGCAGAAAAUGAAGAACACAGAUUAGAUGUUUCUACUAAGAACCAAAGAAUGGAUGAAGCUCAAAUAGCAUUCGGCAUUUUCAUCCCCAUCGUCCUUCUCCUCAUCCUCAUCAUCAGUCUCUAUCUCUACUUCUCACAGGGACAGAAGAAGCCUCUGCGGUUGCCCUUGUCGUCCAGCUUACCAUAUAAAAACCUUGGGGCAGAUUCCACCUUCAGCAACACCACCUGUGAGACAUCAAACAAUGAGGAAACAAGAGAAUAUGAGGUUUCAAUCUGAAGGCAGAGGUUCAGUUUGGACAGAUGGACACCCUGUUCUUCUCUGAAUAGGAGCCGCCUUUAUUUCCCCACGGGAACGCUACAACCGCCCCAGGAAAGGCUGAGCCACCGGAUUAUUUUUCUAGUUCUUCAGCAGCAGCAGUUUGUAGCAGUUUUUAAUCUUGUGCUUGCUUCCUGAGGACUUUUCAAUGCAAACUAACAUCAAAGAAAGCAGAAGGAAUCCAUGUUACUGCGUACGUACGAGGAU